AUGCUGCCGCUGCUGCUGCAGCUGCUGUGGGCGGGGUCCCUGGCUCAGACUCCGAGAUACCAGCUGGACGUGCCGACGUCCGUGUCAGUGCAGGAGGGCCUGUGUGUCCGCGUGCCCUGCUCCUUCUUCUAUGCCACGGACGUCUUCAAUGCUUCUAGCCCUGUUCACGGCUUCUGGUUCCGGGAAGGGGCCGAUGUAAACUCGGAUGCCCCCGUGGCCACAAAUAAAUUAGAUCGUGAAGUUCAGGGGGAGACCCAGGGCCAAUUCCACCUCCUCGGGGACCCCAGGAACAACAACUGCUCCUUGGAGAUCAGAGACGCCAGGAAGAGCGACAGCGGUUCCUACAUUUUUCGUGUGGAAAGAGGAAAUAUCAAAUGGAGUUACACUUCUGAACAGUUCUUCUUGAAUGUGACAGCCCUCACCCACCAGCCCCACGUCCUCAGCCCGGGGGCCCUGGAGGCCGGCCGCCCUGGGAACCUGACCUGCUCCGUGCCCUGGGCCUGUGAGCGGGCCACGCCCCCCAUCUUCUCCUGGACAUCAGCUGCCCCCAGCUCCCUGGGCCCCAGGACCCCCUUCUCGUCGGUGCUCACCCUCACCCCACGGCCCCAGGACCACGGCACCAGGCUCACCUGCCAGGUGAAGUUCCCCAGAAGUGGAGCGAUGGUGGAAUGGACCAUCCUGCUCAAUGUCACCGGUGCUUCACAGAAUCCAAGCAAUAUCUGCGCAGGUGACAGCACAGGGGAAUCGGGGACGGGGGCAGGAGUGACCGAGGGGGCCAUCGCGGGAGCUGGUGUCACCAUGCUGCUUGUUCUCUGCUUCGGCCUCAUCUUCUUCGUAGUGAAGACCUACAGGAAGAAGGUAGCCAAGACUGCAGUGGACAUGGAGGACAUCUACUCUGCUGCAAAGCCAGCUUCCUUGGAUAGCCAGCAAGAAUCCAAGUCAGAGGAAUUUUCUGACCCCACAAGUUACACAGGGGCCACCCCCUCUUUGGAGUUGGAGCAGGAGUUGCAUUAUUCCUCCAUCAUCUUCCGUGGGGAGAAGCCUCGGGAGAGCCCUCAAUCGGAAUAUGCGGAGAUCAGGACCAAGUGA